UCAAAAGUCUCUUCCAAACUAGUCGAGAUGUUCUUCAGCUGCUUUCUACUGCUAUUCGCACUUAAAAUCGAACAGGCUCCCUGGCAGGUUUCCUUACAGACUCAAGGACAUCAUAUUUGUGGAGGUUCCAUUUACAGCAAAGAUAUUGCUACCACUGCUGCACACUGCUUUUUUACUAAAGAUGGACGACAACUUCCGGCCGAAGACUUUAUAGUUCGCGCAGGUUCUGCAAUAAAGAACUCCGGGGGAGCCCUUGUCAAAGUGGCAGCCAUUCGAACCCAUGAAAUGUUCGAAAUUACUAACUUUAAUUACGAUAUUGCCGUGAUGCGAUUAAGUGAAGCUCUAGAGUUAACUCACAAAGUACAGACGAUUCCUUUGGCCGAGAAGAAUCCUGCUCGUGGAACGCCCGCAUUCUCUUCUGGCUGGGGAUAUUCACUAUGGUUUAAUCAUGUGAAAGGUUCUGUCGAGCUUAUUUCUCCAGUAAAUCUUCAAGGCGUACAACUCGAGAUCAAUUCGUCGGACAACGAUGGAAUGAUAUUGAAAAUACCUAAGGAUGUGAUUUCUGCCGGGUCUUUUGGACAAACUGCUUGUAGGGGCGACUCAGGUGGACCUCUGGUUGUUAACCAACAACUUGUGGGUGUCGUCGCAUCAGGUCCACAAUGGUGCGAUGGUGAUGCAGAUUUCACCAGUGUCCCUUACUUCCGAGAAUGGAUAUUAAAUACCAUUGAAUCUAUUUAAUGAAAUGUGCAAGAGUAAAUAAAACAUAUAAAAAUUCACAAUGGCAUGUGUUUAAAGCCAA